UCAGAUUGAUUCAGCCUGCAGCUUACUGUCACAGCUUGCUAUACCAUUGGGAUCUGUCUGCGUGAAAAACAGCUUUUCAACUAGGGUUUUAAAUAUAAUAAAAAUAUAUAUAUAUUAUUACAACAAUUUAAAAAGUGGACCAAAGUGAAAAGCUAUGGCGAGGAACAACUCAGGAGAGGUAGACAUGUCACUCAGUUCACAACCCUGUGAGUUGAGACUGGUGCUUCUUGGGAAGACAGGAGUUGGUAAAAGUGCCUCUGGAAACAUCAUCCUGGGCAGUGAUAGGUUUAAGUCCACUCUCAGCUUUCGCUCAGUCACAAAGCAAUGCAAAAAAGGAACAGCCGUUGUGGAUGGCAAAACUAUCACUGUCAUUGACACCCCAGGCUUCUUUGAUACUGAGCUCUCAGAAGAAGAAGUAAAAACUGAGAUCUUGCAGUGCAUGGUUCUCUCUUCUCCUGGGCCACAUGUCUUCCUGAUGGUGAUUCCUGUUCGCAGAUUCACAGAAGAAGAGAGAGAUGCUGUAAGAAAGGUCCAGGAGCUUCUAACAGACAGCGCCCCAGAACAUGCACUGAUUCUUUUCACUCACAAAGAUCAGUUGGAGAAUAACAGUAAAAUUGAGGACUUCAUAGCCGAAAAUGAACAUCUCCUAGAGCUGGUCCGGAAGUGUGGCAACAGGUACCAUAGCUUUAAUAAUAAAAACAAAGAAGAUCACCAGCAGGUUACCGAGCUUCUGGCAAAGAUUGAGAAUAUGGUGGCUCUCAAUGGAGGGCGGCACUACACAAAUGAAUUGUAUCAGAAAGUGGAGGAGGAAAUACAACAGACUCAAGUAGAGAUUCUAAUGAAGGAAGAUAAACAGCUGCAGAAAGAACAGGAGGACAUUAACAAGGAAGAGGAAAGCCUUCAGCAAAGUAUAAAAACUGUUAUGGAAAAAGAGGAGAGGUACACUUCUCGAGGAGGCCAGAAAUCAGGACCUGAGUGGAAGAAACUGCAAUCAUUGAAAGUGAAUCCGGAAAGGGAAAUGAAGGAACUGGAAGAAAGGAAAAAAGACAUGAAUAAGAAAAUAGAAGAUGGGAAAAACGAAACUAGAGAAAAGGCUCAGGAGUCCAGGAGCUGCCUAAAGAAGAUUUUGAACCUGCUGGUUGCUGUGCCAACUGGUCUGCUGCUUGGUGCCUUGGUGGGCUUAGCAACAGCUGUGAAGUUAGCUGCUAGUGUGAUAAAGGCAGCUGGCUCCGUUGUAGUAGCUGCAGGCCUGGAGACCACUGAUGUUUUAAUUGCAGGUGGUGUUGCAGCAGCCACAGCUGCAACUGUUGGAGGAGUGAUAGGAGCCGUCACAGGGGUAAGUGCCGCUCUUGAGGCAGAUGGUCCAGUGGAAGCAGCAAAAGCCACAAUUAGUGACAUUAUAGAAAUUGCAAGAGAUAAAGUUAAGGAGGUAGAAAAUAUGGCAAGUGACCAAAGCUUCGACUGCACCAUGGUGGAGAUUUUCUCUGGCCGAUCGCUUUUCAAUAAGGACAGGGAUAUAGUAGACCCUGAAGAUGCUCUGCGAAACAAAGUGGUUGGUCUUUAUUUCUCCGCCGGCUGGUUUCCUCCUUGCAGAGAUUUCACGCCAAUUCUGUGCGACUUCUACACGGAACUGGUGGAAGAAUCUGAUCCUCCUGCCCAGUUUGAGAUUGUGUUCAUCUCGUGGACAAGAAUCUCAAGACAUGGUGGAGACACCACAAAAGAAGAAGCCAUGGCCUCUUUGACAGUUGGUGUCUUGACUGUUUUGAGUGAAGAUGGCCCAAGUUCUCUGCCCAUAUCCACAGCCAUUGUUCUUGAGGGAGGGAUUGCCAUGGAUGAUAUCAAGAACUUUCCUCAGGCAGUUUGCCUGUUGUUUGGGCUGACGUAUGCAUUGCACUUGGACUAUCCAAAAUACAUGGCAAACACUCUAAAAUUCAUCCAAAUGGUCAUGUUGGGUCUGCAAGGCAAAAGCCUCCCACCAAAACUGUUAACACUUAAGAACAGUCUGUUGAGGACCCGGUGCCAAUCUAUUCGGAUGCAAGCCAUCCCGCUUGAAGAAACGCGGUCUUUCCCAAAAAAGGUCCCAAUUAUCGAUGAACCCGAUGUCUUGAGUAUGUGUUUAUCAGCUGACCAUCUUUGUCACUUUGUUCCUGAAACAUUCCUUCAUAUGUUUAUGAACUGCUUCACUGUCACUCCCUACUGGCUUCCUGUUUUGAGUUCUGUCAAUGAUCUCUUCCAGGAUUCCUCUUACCUCAUAUUUUCCUUCAUCAGAACCUCUCAGUAUCACUCAGCAGGAGAUGCAGAAGUUCCAUCUAUGGUGCAGCCUUCUGAGUUAAGACUGGUGCUUCUUGGGAAGACAGGAGUUGGCAAAAGUGCAUCAGGAAACACCAUCCUGGGAAGAAAAGAAUUUCAUUCGACUCUCAGCUCCCGCUCCAUCACAAAAGAAUGCGUAAAAGGAAAGGCCAUUGUGGAUGGCAGAAAUGUCACCGUGGUUGACACCCCAGGCUUCUUUGACAUUGAACUUACAGAAGAGGAAGUAAGAAAAGAGAUUGUGAGGUGCAUGGCUCUCUGCUCUCCUGGGCCACAUGUCUUCUUGGUGGUGAUUCCUGUUCGCAAAUUCACUCAGGAAGAGAAGGCCGCUGUACAGAAGAUCCAAGAGCUGCUGGCAGAUAGCUCCCAUCAAUUUGCUUUGGUUCUUUUCACCCAUCAAGAUCAUCUGGGAAAAAACAAAAGUAUUGAGCAGUUCAUUACAGAGAAUGAACAUCUGAAGGAGCUUGUGCAAAAAUGUGGGAACAGGACCCAUAUCUUUAACAACAAGAACACAGCAGACAGCACUCAAGUGACUGAGCUUCUCAAAAAGAUUGACAAGAUGGUGACAGCCAACGGAGGACAAUGCUACACAAACGAUUUGUAUCGGAAAGUUGAAGAGGAAAUUCAGAGGACCCAGGAGGAGCUUCUCAUGAAGGGAAAUGAGCAGCUAUGCAAAGAAAAGGAGGACAUAAAGAGGGAAGAAGAAAAUCUUCGGCAGAGGAAAAGAGUGCUUAAAGAAGAAAAGGAGAAUUACACUUCCAAAGGUGGAAAAAGCUCUGGAGCUGAAUGGCAAACACUACUGUUACGUACAGCAGUCCUGGAUCAAGAAACAAAGGCACUGCUGGGGAAAACAGAUUGUGUAAAGAAAAACACAGAUCAUUUGAAAAAACUGACGAGGGCCGAGGCAGAGAAGUCCACUAGCUGUUUAACGAAGAUUCUGAAUAUGGUGGUUGCCGUACCAGCUGGACUCUUGCUAGGGGCAAUGAUGGGUGCAGCAGCAGCCCUGCUAAGUGUUCUUGGUUUAGUAUAUAUGCCUGGUUCGAAUAUAAUAAUGAAAAUAAUGUCUAAUAACGGACCGGUAGUGUUAGGAGGUGUCACUGGCACUGGUGCGGCUUUGGGAGGAGUGACUGGGGCAGUUGUUGGUAUAAAAGCUGCUCUGGAUGCAGAUGGUCCAGGGGAAGCAGUAAAAGCCACCUGUGCCAACCUCUCCAAUUUAGCAAUUGAUGUAGGAGAAAAAGUGUCGGAAGGAGUAAACAGGUUAAUGGGGCAAAAGGGUUCAAAAAUGGCAUUCGAUAAACGGUAACAAGUUUAGUAGUUUUGUGCUUAAUCGUAUUCAGAAGUGAAAAUAAAUAAAAUAUCAGACAUUAUGAUAUAUUGUUAUUUUUAAUAAAAGGAAACAUACUGAAUAUUAUAGGAAGAAUCUGUAAGUGCCAACUUAUGGGACACAGGAGCAGUUAUGUUUCAUUUCCUCUUACUUGAAAUAAAUUCAAUGAUAAAUGUAUAUAGUUUUGGUCCAAUAUCCAAGCAAGAAUUUCAUUUUACUCUGUACACAGAGCAACCCUACUAAUACUACUGAUUCUUUUAUUUUUUAAAUGUCAAAAUAUUAAAUAAAAAGUCAUUUUAAUCAGCAA